AACACUUGUGACCCAGGAGUCCGGCUGAGCACACAUCGUCCGACGACGAUCGGCCAAAACAAGUCCACCGCCAAUUCGAAAUAAUCAGCUUUUGUGUGAGGAAAAGUAAUGACGUCGGAAAGCCAAAAACUCGAACCAGUGUCCGGUAGCGGUCAGGUCGGUGAACAUCAGAACGGCGCGGGCAUACAUGCGGUCAGUAAGUCUGCCGAGCGGGAGAACCGGGAGAACGCUGCAGAGGCUCUCGACAACAACAACGACGACGACGCCGUCAAUGGUGUUGACAAUAACAGCUCUAAGGGGACUACCAACAACCGGCCGCUGAUCUUGCAAGACGAAGUGACAUUUAUCGGAAUCGAUCCUCCUGGAGCCGCGAAGGACGUGGCCUCCGCUAAGAGAGAUAGACAGGAUGCACAGGGGAAAAGGCGACCGAGCAGCCUCCUAAGACCCUUUGGGAUGAAUCUGCGGCUAAUCGGAGGAGUCUCCUGUGUGACUUUGGGGCUCCUUUUGGUCUUCGUCUCUGUCGGAACCCUCUUGAACUUCAACUCGGUGUUCAGAUGGAUCUUGGGCAGGAGAGUGGUGCUGUCCCCAAAAUCCCAAGGUUUUCCCAUUUGGAGGGACGUAUCGAAAAACUACGACACCAGAGUAGCGUGGUAUUUAUUCAACCUGACGAACCCGGAAGAGUUCAAACAAGGUGGGAAGCCAAUCGUGAAGGAGGUCGGUCCUUUCUGGUACAAAGUCGAUAUUUCGAAGAAAAAUAUCACUUUCCACAACAACAAGACCGUCUCGUUCGAGGAACACAGAUUCUUCACCUUCGAUCCGGUGAACAGCGUUUCUGAUGAAGAAACCAACAUCACGAUGGUCAACGUUCCCCUUAUGGCGGCGUUGCAUAGAGGUGAGAAUCUCGGCUGGCUCGCCAGAGGGGGCUUCGCUACGGUUAUCGGAGCUCUAGAACAAGCUCAGCACGCAGUCGUGGUCUAUAAGGUGAAGGAGUUGACGUACACGGGACAGUCAAACUCCAUCGUGCAGUUGGCGACCCUGAAGGAGGGUUUUUUAACUUGGUUCUACAGCGGAGAAAACAAGAAAGGCAGAUUCGGCUUCGGUGUUGACAAGAAUGAUACAAACCCCGGAGUCUUCAAUAUGUACACCGGGGCGACGGGAGUCCAGGAUCUCAACCGGAUUCACUCGAUGGACGGGCAACACGUCCGAGAGAUCUGGAGUAAGCCGGAGUGCAAUGUUAUCGACGGCACCUUCGGAAAUCUCCGUCCUCCCAUGAACGAGACGAACUCUACCCGUGUGUACGUGCCUGACAUGUGCCGGGCUCUCGUCACUCGCUAUCAGAAGGACGUUGAGUGGCACAAGCUGCGCCUCCGUCGAUUCAAUCUGACGAUCGACAACUUCCUAAGCUCGAAGGAGAAUCCCGACAACGUUUGCUACGAUGCCUCAUUCAAGCUGCCGUCAGGUGUCGCUGAAGUCGGUCCAUGCAAGAAAGAUGCUCCGAUAGUGAUGUCCUUGCCUCAUUUUCUCCAAGCGGACCCGCAGUUCCGCGCCGCAGUUGACGGAAUGCAUCCGGAUCAGUCGCGUCACGAAUUCGUAAUGGACCAUGAGCCGCUGACCGGUACAACCGUCCGGGUUCACGGCCGCAUGCAGGCCAACGUUCGGGUGAUACCAUCGGACAUGAUUAAUGACGCUGCGUCACUCCCAGAGGUUACACUGCCGCUUUUCUGGCAGGAGAUGUAUGUGGAGGGCGGUCCCAAUAUCGUCUCAUUCUUGACGAAGGUCAACGGCUACCCCGGUCUCGGCAAGAUCGCAAUGACGAUCGUUGCUCUUUUCGGUCUCAUCCUGGCGGUCAUCGGCGCCGGACUCCUGAUAGCCUCUUUGAGGGCUCAGCGGUCGGCGACGUUGCCGGAUCCAAAGCACAAGGUCGCUUACUCUAAAGCAGCUACGACCGAACCCCGGGUAGACAUAUGAGCGAAUUUCGGGUCGAGAACCUAGUCAAAUGUGAGACUUGAUCAAAACGAGAGUCGCAAAUCACAACUAGGGCAUGAAGGUCAGAAGUUUCCCUCGCCACUGCUACCCGGCGCUGCGUGUAUAAAGUAAAACUCCCACUGCUCAAAGAGACUCGACUGUGGAUCGAAGGAAUCAAGCCAAAACGUCAUGAGGCUCCGGCAGGGACCUCUAAUGGCACUCAAAGUCUAGGCAUUUAACUUGAUGUAUUUAUAGGCAAAAAUGAAUUGGAGUGGUUUUAUGAGCUGUAGUAAGUGUUCCACAUGGAUGUUAAUGCUGAUUCUAGUGAGAGGAGAAGGUAUGGAAGGACUGGGAUACAAGAGAAAUAUUCCAUAUUUUUCACACCGCUAUGAAUGUAAAAAUGGAAAAUACCCUUUUAUAUUUCUUUAAGAAACCUGAAGAAAACAAAGAACUUGAGAGAUGAGAUUUUCUCAAUU